AAAAAAAGAGAAAGCAAAUCAAUAAUAAUAAGGAAAGAAGAGGAAGAAAAAAAGAGAGAGAAAGGACUAAGGAGAGUUUCUCAAAACUCAAACCUCCAUGAUUUAAAUUCUCUCAACAACAUGACUUGGGUUUCUUCCACUUAAUCCAUCUGAGAGAGGAACACCCUCCUCAGAAAUUUUAACACUUGCUUUGAAGUUUCAAUCAGAGAGAGAGCUAGAGAGAGAGGAACCAAGGUGUGUUGCAGGCUUGCAGCAGAGCUCACCAGUAGGGCAACAAAUGAUGGCAGCUGGUGGAAACCCUAAUUUGUGGAGCAUCAACACCAUGAGGCCACCACCAACUACCCAAACACCUCCUUAUUUCUCUCUUCCUCCUCCUCCAACCCCUAAUUUCUUCCCUUCUUCACUACUACUUCCAUUCAAUCCCUCUUGGAUUGAUCAUCAUCAAAACCAAGAUCAUCAUCAACAACUUCCAGAGUCUUGGAGUCAACUACUCUUGGGAGGAUUUGUGGUAGGAGAAGAAGAUAGGGCAAGUUUGAAUCAUUUUCAAGCUAAUAAUAAGAAAAUGGAGAUUUGGGAGGAGGACCAAGACUUGUUACAUAAGGUCUCCAGCGGUUGCGUUGCUGCUUUUGUUGAUGUGAAGCAAGAAAUCUAUGGCCAUGCAAAUCAUCAAGAUUUUCAAGCAAUAACUUCAAAACCUAGUUGGUCUCCUCCUCAAGUACUAAUGCCUGUUUCACCUCCCAAAUCGUGUGUUACAACUAGUUUCAGCACUACUACAACCAAUAACAUACUGGAUUUUUCAAGCAAGAAGUCCGACGGCCGUCAUCCGCCGCCGGAUCGAUCUUCUUCUGAGUGUAAUAGCACUAGUGAAACAGGUAGGGCCGCUAAGAAAGCUAGGGUUCCACCUUCUUCAACCCAAUCACCAUUCAAGGUGCGAAAGGAAAAAUUAGGGGACAGAAUUACGGCCCUUCAUCAACUAGUUUCUCCAUUUGGAAAGACGGACACAGCCUCUGUCUUGUUAGAAGCUAUUGGAUACAUCAGAUUCCUUGAGAGUCAAAUUAAGGCUCUUAGUAUACCCUACUUGGGCAGUGGAUCAGGGAAUAACAAUAACCAUAACAUGAGACAACACCACCACCACCAACAAAACUCUGUGCAAGGGGAAAGGAAUUGUAUAUAUCCUGAAGACGCUGGUCAGCUGUUGAAUGAAAACUGCAUGAAGAGGAAACUGGGAGCUGUUGAACAGGAUUGUAUUAAUAAUGGAGAAGCAAAGAAGGACCUGAGGAGCAGAGGGUUGUGUUUAGUUCCAGUGUCAUGCACGCUUGAAGUUGGGAGUGAGAAUGGAGCAGAUUAUUGGGCUCCUCCUGCCUUGGGCGGAGGAGGGUUUCGUUAGAUCCAUUUUUCUGAUGGCAGCGAGCGCGCACACUUGAUCACGAGCUUCAUCUAGUUAACGUUAUAACAUCAUGACCACUCACUCUCCUCAAAUUCAAGGCUGAUUGCUCAUGAUGCUAUACAUUUUACAUGUACGUGUGCAUGCUAGCUACUGUUGGGAAACACCAACGAAUUCUCUUGCCCAAAUUUAUCACAUGUAAAUUUGAUUCUUUUCUAAUUUUCCAAUUACCUCUCAAGCCCAGCAGUUGAUUAUGGCAUUAUGCUACUUAAUUUGGCAUUAUCAUAGUUGAAUAUUAAUGUUGUUUUAAGAUAUUCCAUUUCUUUCUUCAAA